GUAUAAUACACAUCUGGUGUCGAUGUGCGUGACGUCAUCGUGAGGCGCGAAAUCUGCUUGGGAGUUUCCUGUCAUAUAUAAACAUAAAUAAUGCAACUUUAAGUCUGAAAAGUAGUGUUUCUGACCUGUAAGUCAUGGAUAUCAGUGCCUUUGACGCGGAUAAUUCCGUCAGUUGCCGGCUGGCUUCCAUCAUUCCUGAUAUCUGUAAAACUGAAGACUGCUGCCUGGGCAUCGACGAGGCUGGCAGAGGACCUGUUCUGGGGCCAAUGGUGUAUGGAAUCUGCUUCUGUCCGGUUUCCAAAAAAGAGGAGCUGAAGGACUUGAAAGUGGCAGAUUCCAAAACGCUAUCAGAGGCAGAAAGAGAGACUCUGUUCCAGAAACUGGAUCAGAGCAAAAGUUUAAUCGGUUGGGCCUUGCACAUUCUGUCUCCUAACACGAUCUCCACCAGUAUGUUACAGAGGACAAAAUGCAACCUGAAUACCCUAUCACAUGAUGCAGCCAUUGGUUUAGUUCAGUUUGCAUUGGACAGUGGCGUACAGCUCACAGAGGUGUUUGUGGAUACAGUUGGCCCUGCUGAGAAGUACGAGGAGAAGCUCUCCAAGCUGUUCCCAGGCAUCAAUGUGACAGUGAGGCCAAAAGCUGACUCCCUCUUCCCAAUUGUCAGUGCAGCCAGUAUCUGUGCUAAGGUGGCCAGGGACCAUGCUGUGAAGAACUGGACCUUCCUUGAGGACCUGGGAGAGGUGGAUGCUGAUUAUGGCUCAGGAUACCCAAAUGACCCAAAGACCAAAGCGUGGUUGUUGAAGUACUUGGAUCCACUGUUUGGCUACCCCCAGUUUGUGCGCUUCAGCUGGAGCACGGCCCAAGCCUUAAUUGACUCCAAGGGGGUGACCGUCCACUGGGACGAUGACGAGGAUGGAGAGAAGGCAGCGCAGCGGCAAGCCAAGAGGUCCAUGUUGUCAUACUUCAGUGCACCAGGUGGCAGCAACAACCAAACACAGACACACCGUUUCUUCACCGAGCGGAGGCUGAAGAGCAUCAACACUCUCUGAGGCAAUUGAAGGUCUUGUUAUUGCUUUCAUCACCACUCAAAACACAACUGUUGAAAUAUCUUUAUUUGUGUCCUGUUUGUGUGUGUAUUUUUAAUGUUUGUUUAAACAUCCCUUUUCUGAAAGAGAAAAACAUUUAAAUACUGGUAGAUGUAUUGUUUUUAAUACAGAUACUGCUCUCUAGUGGCAGCACGGAAAUGCAAUUUUACUUUUUUAGAAUAGUUUUACAUGGCUGACUAAAAACACUUGAUAUUGAAAUAAAUCCUCACUCACUGAUUGUAAAAAUGAGUUGC